CGACUUGAAAGAUGCCACUAUUUACAACAUGGUGUCUGUGGUGGAGCUGCUGUCCCUGGUGCUGGUGUCCAUGCUGUGGGGCUGCACUAACCCUCUGCUGAAGAGAGGCAGUCGGGGUAUAGAGACCGUGGCCCAGCCCAACAGAGUGGCCCAGGUCCUGGCCGAGCUCAAGUUUCUCCUGCUCAACCUCAGUUACAUUGUGCCAUUUCUCCUGAACCAGAGUGGGUCUUUGGUAUACUAUUACACACUAUCUACAACGGAACUAUCUCUUGCUGUGCCUGUAACCAACUCCUUGACAUUUCUAUGCACUUUAAUAACCGGAAAGUUAUUGGGCGAAGAAUUUGGAGGAAAAUAUGCUGUUGCAGGCAUGUUCCUAACCAUGGCCGGCAUUACUCUGUGUGUCAUGAGUUCAAUGGACCCAUCAAAACAGAGCAAAACCAAAGUUUAGCACAAACUACUGAGAAUCUACUCAUUUGAUUGUGCAGAUGGCUUAAUAAAGCAUUUAUUUGCACUAAGCAUGGCAAAGUAUCUAAAUGAUUUGAGAUGCCAUUGAAAUUCAAACAGCGUCUCCUCUCUUUCAGAGCCUCUAUGUGGAAUUCUAGACACAAAGAGGGUUCAUUUAAGGUUCAGUUAGGACUUUAAGUAGAUUUAUGACACAAAGAAAAUGGAGGCUGUUAACUUGUAAACCUCCAUCCCAGGGACAGCAGCUGAGCAAGUCACUUAAAUGAGACAAAAACAUUUUAGCAUGAGGCUUAUAAUUAGUGUAGCAUAAUUUUGUGGGAACAUGCUAAUUGCUGUUGACAGUGAAUGUAAGGCUGUUGUCAACAUGUUCAUUUUUACAUGUAAAUGUUUUUACUUCUACUUGACCAAUGAUGAAUGAAUAUAACAAAGCUUUAUUUAUUUGUGUAACGUUCGAAAUGUUUAUUAUUGUAAAUGUAAAAUAAUAUACUGUAUAUGGUUCAUACUUCGCAAUAAACAAAAAUCUUGAGUCACGUUAAUACACUUAGCACAGCAGAUGUCUUGGGUGUUAUCUGAAAACAACACAAUGUUAGGUGGUGUUGAUUACAAUGUUUUGAAUAAUUUAUGUCAUAGCCAGUGUGAUUUACAUUCAUUUAAACUCACAAAUAAACAG